UUCCAUCUUGUCCGAGCGAUUUUUUCCAUCUGGAUGACCUCGCUCAGUCCGUUUCCCUUGUUCCCGCGUUAAUCGGAUGCUGUGUUCCCAAGCUAGACUCCAUGCUCCGCGACGAGCUCCUUCGGUCUAAAAACGAUGAGAUCGCAAACUGUUUGUCGCGCCGAAAGCGCAAGCUCAGCGCAUUAUAUCUAGCCACGGUCGGGUUUGGCGCGACCGAGGACUCGCAUUACCAGCAAAAGGAACGAGCAUUUCUCGACGCCAACGACCUUUCCAAAGGUCGAUACUUCGAUGAAGCUACGCUUCCGCCGCCCGCCCAUGCGCGCGCGCGUUCUCUACCCAGAAGCUUAGUUUCCCCGACAUCAGCUUCUGGUACCAAGACCAAACCUGUUACCGAAAUCAUCCCCCCAUCCACCGUCGAUGGCGGUGUUCCACAGGUGACCGAACCAACCCAAGGCGAAACACCCGCAUCGGCGCAACCUGGAAUUGCAGCUCCCCAUGUCGCGCCUUCACCAGAAACCAAUGGAUCACGUCGGCCAUCUGUGCCAACCAUCUCCCAGCCGCCAAAGGAUAUUGAAAUGCCACCAACGGCUGCGCCAUCACCCCAAUCCUCGCGCGACCAGAAAGUCAGCGCAUCGAUCUCCGAUGCUAAUCAAGAUGCAAACGAAGUCAAGGCUCCUCGCGUGAAGGGCACUGCGAUAGGAGUUCCCUCACUAGACAUCCCAUCCGACACCCGAAGAAAAGAGGCGAAGCCGUCUUUGACUUUAGGGCCCUCUAAUACCGAACAACCUCUUUCACCCGCCUCCUCUAUCGACCCUUACUCUAAUAACACACCCGUGCCGGCCGCUGCAUCACCCGACACAAGCCCUGCAGAAGAAGUGGCCGAGGAUGCGGAAACGAUCACUCGUCCACAUAAACAUGACCAACCACGAUCAAGCUUGGUCCCGUCCACCCCCGACGAGCAAUUGCGCCUAGAACAAGCCAGCUCGACACAGGAGGAACCUGUGGAUGUGAACACUGAUCUGCCUUCGUCAAACGAGAAAAUCAAGGAAAGCGCAAGUGCUGAUGAUCUCCAAGAUGAAAUGGAUGUCGACAAAUCGGCUCCCGAUUCUGAAGCGAAGCAACCUGUAUCAAAAUCCGUGUCGCCUUCCACAAUGGGCGUUACUGUAGAUUCUGUCACACCUGUCAAGAAGCCAUCAUCAUCUAUACCUGGUACUCAGCCUGGAUCGUCGCAACCAGAGCGCAUGACCACGCGAGUUUCGUCUGGAGCUAUCCGCCAUAAGUCUGUUUCUGAAAUCCUUGGAGAAACUCCGAGGAGUCACCAUGACAGGGCUCCGCCCACACCCUCUGAGCAAGGAUCCCCGGAUUCCGUUGCCAGAAUGCGUUUCAAGGACCGAAAAGACCGAGAGAAGGAGAGAAGCCGACUUUCAACAGUGGUUUUUCCCAAGCAGCAAGCCUCUCAGCCCGAGUCUGCGGAUCUACUGCACAGAGACAUGGAUGCGGUUGCCAAGUUGAACGAGGAACAAGACUAUCUGUUCACACUGUUUUUGAACCGAGCCUACGCUCCCCCACGGGGAACAAACCUCAAUACUUUGUUGGCUUCUGCACACAAGACAUUGAGUACGAACAACCAUUUGCUUGAAUACCAAGAGUCCAUGGAUUGUCGCACUCUACGGCGCAUUUAUGCACUUCAAAACGCCAACCGAUGGCCCUUGCGGCAAAUGAAGCGUUCUGUCGAACCUCCUCGGCAAGGAUCACAUUGGGAUGUAGUGAUGGACCACAUGAAAUGGAUGCGAACCGACUUUCGAGAGGAGCGCAAGUGGAAGCUUGCUGCCGCGAAGAGCUGUGCCGAUUGGUGUGCCGAAUAUGUCACCAGCGACGAGGAACACCGGGCUCUACUGCGUGUUCAAACGAAGAUUCCUUUGCCAACCUUGGCCGGGAAGGAUGCACCAAAGGCCGGCCUCAGUCCGCCCUCCGAGGAUACUGGCGAUGAAGCGUUUGGUGGCUCUCAUCCCACUCCGGACCUUAUUCCAUCUGCCGAGGAGGAGUCGGUCAGUGAUGGAUUCAACGAUGAGCCUCGCCAUGACCUCCAAGACACUGUGACUCCUGCCGCUAUCUUCUCCCUCGGCUCGGAUGAGUUCAACUUUUCCAUCGACAUGACCCCUGCUGCUGAGAAGCUACUCGACGAACUGCCGAUAUACGGGCCACUGACAAUGGCCUCUGGAACAAAUGCACCGGACUUCAAAGCACCCCCUGAUUCAGUCUGGAAGACAGAGCUUCUGCCUGUCUCUAAAUUUGCGUCGACCAAGAUCACCUUCCAUGAUGAUGAUCGUCCUCGCAAGCGGAGCAGAUAUGAUUUCUCUCAGUACAACAACGAUUCAGAGCAUCGCAUAACCGAUCUUCCCCCAGAGCAGACCAAUGUCGCCCUUUUCCGCCCCGAGAACAAACCCAUCCGUGAUCGCAUUCACCCCGGGCACUCGUUCCGACCUCCAACCGAACACCCGAUGCCGUCUGUUGGGUUCUUUGAGUCACGUCAGUCAUCACAGUGGACUUUUGCUGAGGAUGAUGAAUUGCGACGCUUGGUCAAGGAGUACUCCUACAACUGGUCUCUAAUUUCCAGCUGCCUAACUCCAUCUUCUAUUUUCACUUCUGGAGCCGAGAGACGGACCCCCUGGGAAUGUUUCGAGCGAUGGGUAGGAUUAGAAGGUCUUCCGGCCGAUAUGUCCAAGACGCAAUACUUCCGGGCCUACCACCAGAGGCUUGAAACCGCCCAGCGUACCGUGCUGGCCCAGCAGGCGGCUGCGCAACAGCAGCAGCAACAGCAGCAACAGCAGCAGGGCAACAGCGGUCCUCCUCAGCCACCCAUUCGCCGGAGGUCUACACAGCCCAUUCGCGUUGACAGGAGACGCUCAUCAAAACAUCUCGCUUUGCUUGAUGCCAUGCGUAAGCUGGCUAAGAAGAGGGAGACUAUGCUUCAAAAGCAGCAGCAUGCUUCUCAUCUCGCCUCAUUGCGCAAGGCCAACGAGGCCAAUCAACCCAAGCCGCCUAUUUCAUCGCCAGCUGAAUUUAGUCGGCUGAAAUAUGACAGGGAGAUGAAACUGCAGGAAAGGCAAGAGCAGUACCGCCAGCAAAUGAUUGCGCAACAAAGAGCUAGUCUUGCAGCUCAGCGUUCCGGUCAAGCGCCUAACCAGCCUGCGGCAAACGCUCCAGGACGCAGCAACACCAACAUGCCCCCCACCUCUAACCCUAGCCUGCCCGGAGGUACUUCGAAUGGAGUGCCUAAUGGCAUGCAAGCCGGUGCCGGUGUCAAUCAGGGCCGCCCUCUUUCAAUGCAAAAUAUGCCGGCCGGUGCACAGUCGAAUGGCCAGAUGCCCAACGGUAUGGCUAUGAAGAUGAUGCCCAAUCAGAUCCAAGGACCAGGCGUGAGACCUGGUAUGGCGAUGCAAACCUCUCCCGAUAACACUCGCGUCAUUCGAGAAGCGAAUCGAUUGCAGGAGCAGCAGCGCCUUCUUCAAUCUAGGCAACAACCGCAAGGCCAACAAUUCCACAAUCAGCAGUUUCCAUCACAGGGAUCGCCCAACCUGAACAUGUCAAAUGGUACGCCUAACAAUCCAGCCAUGAUGGCUAUGCAGGCUCAAGGAGGAAUGCAAAGCCCAUCAUUCCACGCUGGCACGCCCCAAGGCGUGUCAACCCCGUCGCCUCGCAUGGGCCAGCCGAAUCCCCUCUCGAGCGGCGUCGUGCCACAGAUCAGCAAUAUCCAAAGCCAGAUUCAGCGCAGCAACCCGAACAUGCCCCCUGAGCAGAUAACCAAGUUGGCUACUGAUCGACUCAAUCAGUACCAACAGUCGCAACAGCAGCGCUUGUCCCAGCAGGCCGCGAUCAACGCUGCUUCGGGUAGCAUCAAUGCGAAUGCCAUGAAUGCGAACAACGUGCAGGCCAACUUCCAAGUUUCUCACGAUGGUAAUUUCCAGACUCCUUCGGCGCCUAACAUGGCAAAUGGCAAUUCUGGAAUACAGGUCCCUCAAAACCAGGGGUUUUCCCCAAUGAUGCGGGUUCCUCAGCCGGGUCAACAGAACCGCACUGGUCCAACUAGCUCGCCUGCCCUGAACGGAGCUGUCGCUCAGCCUAGCCGAAGCGCCACUCCUCAAACCCAACGCAGUGGCAGUGCUCAAGCUGGCCCUCAAGGCUCCAGCAAGAGCCCCCAUGCCCCAGCAGCCCAGACAGCAACUAGCUAA